AUGGUAGGUAGUGUACCGGUGCGGCGCAAGCCAUACUUAUCAAGUAAAAUUGUGCAAAGAAAAACGAGUGCUGCUGCUUCGUUUCCAUCAACCUCUUCAACUAUCUUCUAUUCAUCUAAUAAUGACGAUGGUUUUGAUUUGCCUUCGGAUUCUUCUUUAAGUGGCAUUUCGGAUGUAGAGAGUAGUAUUACUAGCGUCAAACGAUUGAUAUUAAAAAACAUCAGUAGAGAUAAAAAUCAAUCUCAUAAAUUUUCUAGGGAGGGAAGGGCAAAUGUUUUGGAGGAAGAAGUGUCUCUUGAUAACGGUCCUAGAACAGAAGCAGAUAAUAUGUCUAAUUAUCUGCUCGCGUCAAAUGACCGCAGUAAAUACGUCAGUAAUGGGCCCGAUGUAAGUUUCGACGUAAAUUUUGCCGAAAAACUUACCGAUUUGCCAAUAGGCAAAAACGAAUCUUAUGAAGGGCAUUAUAGUGAUUCACCAUCAAAAAUCUCCCCGAACGAGGAAGACCUUGGAGUCGAAAUUAUCAGAGAUGACAGUCUUAAUGGUUGCCAGGCGGUGUCUAGAAAUGAUGACGAACUUAUCACUACUCAAUAUCCGGAAACAGAAUCUGAAAUGGAAUUCGAUGAAGUAGCGCUUUUCACCUCUAUAGAAGGUAUGAAUAAGGGGAGAAAAGAACCAGAAUUGUUUGAAAAACGUUUGGACAGUAACAAUUUGGGGGAAGACACGUUUUCAACCUCAGGGGACAACCCUGCCGGCGAAAGCAGUCAAUUUUCUUUGCUAAGUAUGUCCAAUAUUUCCAGUUUCAACGAGUGUCUGUUCAAAAUCAGGAAAUGUGAUGAGUUCCACACAUCAGCUGAUGAAAGUUUUAAUUUGAAAAAUGCUGUUAUAGAUGCGAAAAGAAGGUACGUGGAUUAUCUUUAUAUCAGUUCAAGAGAAGAAUCAUCAGACUCUUCCUUUUCUUCAGAAGACUCGAGAAACUACAGCCUUGAUGAUCAUCAUAAUGUUGAAGAAAUCAUUUACAGAGAUGACGAUUCAACGGAUGAAGACGAGAGUCUACCACUUCCGGAUCCGAAAAGAAAGAAAAUUGGCUUCAAAGCUUGUGAAAUAGUGGAUGCUAGGAAAAUUGGUAUACAGGUGCCAAAAUUAUGCAUUUGGUCUCUAAGUGAUAAACCUUUCAGUGUUAUUGACGGAUUAUCUACCAAGUCGCUAUACCAGUUGGGUGAUGAAGCAGUUAUUUGUGGAAGUUCAAGUUCAAGUUCAAAUUCAAGUCCAAUUAAUUCACGGGAAAGACAAAAGGACAAUCAGAUUUUUGACAAUGAUACUAUGUUAACCGACCUUUUAAACAUAAGCGGAUCUGAAAUAGAGAAAGCAUCCAAUACUUACAAUGAGUCCAUACGUGAGCCAUUGUUUGAAAUACCAAAGAGACCGUUAUCUUCUUCUAGGGGAAGAAGAAAUUGUUCAAAAGAGACGGACACAGCUUAUGAUAGAAAUGCCGCUUGUGAUGUGAGUAAACAUCAUUCAGGAGUAUUCCAUGACGAGAUAGAGAGGAAUGCAAGGGUCAGAAGAGGUCGGUUGCAAUUGAAAAGGGAAUUAUGA